AUGGCGGCUACCAUGGACGUUGCUACUGCCGCUGCUAGCGGAGAUAUUUUUGUAAUGAAAGCAUUGCUCGAGAGGAAUGCUGACGUGAACAGAAUCUCCUCAGAUGGCAUGUCCCCAUUGGCAGUUGCAUCAUUUUGGGGAUAUGCUGAUAUAGUGCAAGUGUUAUUGGAGAAUGGUGCUAACGUAAACAUUUGUAACAAGGGCACGUUGUGGACAGCCUUACAUUGUGCCGCUUUCCAGGGUCAUGGAAAGGUGCUGAUGAAGUUGAUGGAAUACAGGCCUGAUGUGAAGACUAAGGACAGCCAGGGAAGGACUGCAGUUGAUUUUGCUUCAGCGCUGGAUUCAAUAUGGCCAAUAUUUGCAGCCGCAGGAUGCACACGGACGUCAAAAGCAGAACUGAUACGCCUGGACAUUGUUAAAAAGGUGACUACCGAUCCCUGUGCUGGUAUGCCAGCAGCAUCAAGAUCUGAUGUGGCCCAUUUUUCCAGACCAGGCUCAGCGUAUGUGUUCAAAACUCCCCAGUUCAGGGGUUUGGAAAAGUGGGACCAAAACAUGGAAAUUGCCUCAGCUACAGGUGAUGUCCUAGCAGGUACUACAGAUGACUUUCACAAUUCCAGAACAAGACACCCCCACCUGUCUAUAUGGAACCGGUGACAGGCCUCGACCAAGUCUACCUACUCUUAAUUUAUUUAUAAACAAGUUCAACCACAGACAUAGUGCAUGAGUUGGUACAUUAGCGACAUGCUAUCUGAUCUGGACAGGUUAUUUUAUCAUUUCUGCGCCUUUAAUUGAGUCAUACAUUUUUGUACCUCUAAAAAUGGUGUGAAUUAUGUUCUCAAAUGCAUCUAAAGCUGUACUUUACUGGUUGAAUUUGUCUAAAAGUGAUUGAUCUAAACUGA